CUGGUGCGCGCGCGUGUGUGUGUGUGUGUGUGUGUGUGUGUACUGCCAGAGAGGGAGUAUACUAGGUAACUCGGACAAGAAAUUAAUACGGAAACAUUUGAAGAAGCCCAUGUUUUGAUGAAAUGAUUUAGUUUAUUUAGCGGUUAAUCGCGUAUAUUCGUCUUUUCGCGUACGUCAGUCAAGUGUCACACUAACAUCCAGUGGCUUUUGUGGAUGUUGUGGGGUUUUGACUUGGCAAACAAAGUCUCACUUGCCUCAGGAUGUUUCUGUUCUCCAAAAAGAAGAAACCCAGUGAGGAUUCCAUAAAACGCCUGGAAUACCAGCUAUGCUUAGCCAAAGAAGCAGGUGCUGAUGAUAUUCUGGACAUUUCUGCCUGUGAGCUUGCAGAGGUUCCCUCCAGUGCCUUCUCCAUAUGUAAAGUCCUCCAGAAGAAAGUGUUAAUUCUUCAUGGAAAUGACCUGAGGUCACUUGUUCCUAAAGGUUGCUGCAUUGGUGCCUUAGCAGCUUUAAAGGUGUUGGACCUGCAUGAAAAUAAGCUCACAUCACUUCCUGAUGACACUGGGCAGCUUUUGUCCUUGCAGGUGCUGAAUGUAGAGAAGAACCACAUUAAACAGCUGCCGGACUCUAUAGGGAAUCUACGGCAUCUACAGACACUUAAUGUAAAAGGGAACAACCUUACUGUCAUUCCUGUGUCUGUGGGGCGCAUGAGUAGCCUGCGCACACUAGACAUAAGUGAGAACAGCAUUAGAGAAUUACCUAAAGAACUGGCCAAUGUUCGCACUUUAGAAAGCCUGAUCCUGGAUGCACAGGUUAUGAGGUAUCCACCUGCGUCAGUGUGCACGGCCGGCACAGAGGAAGUGCAGCGCUACCUCUGUUCAGAGAUGGGUCUGGAGUAUUGCCCUCCAUCCCAGUAUCUGCUGCCUGUGCUGGAGCAUGAUGAAGGGAAGCAGGAGGUGGAUUGUGUCGAUGGUGAAGAGAUGGCCUGGAAGAGCAAAUUCAUGGACUAUGAGAAAAGAAAGGAGCAGAAACAGCUGGAAAAGUUGAUCUUUGAGAAAGAUCUGGAAGAGAAACAGAGAGAGCACACUCAGCUCUUCCUCCUCAACAACUCCCGCAAAGAGGAUGUCUUGCUGUCUGUCAAACUGGAGCAGCAACGGUUGGAGUUAGGUGUGUCUCAGCAGCAGAAGGCCCAGGAAACAGAGAGGCAGAAAAUGCUGGAUAAAGUGCGUGUGGCAGAGAGCAAUAUCAUGAGUCGCAUCUCUGACCUCCUACUUGAUAACAAACGCCAGGCAAAGAGCGCCGAGUUUCUGCAAGCUCUGGAGGAAGACCGUAUACGAAUGGAACACCUUACUGCCAUCACACAGGAUGAAGCCAACUCUCUUAGGAAGAAGGAAGUGGCAUGUGCCAUGCAGAGGAUGCUGUCAGAGAGCUACUCUUUAAGGUUACUUCAGGAGGCCAGGGAAGCCAAGACACAGAUUCUAGUGUCUGAGACCUGCAGGAGUUUGGACUAUAUGGAUAGGAAGUUUGACCAAGUGUUGUCCCUGCAGCAGCUAGACAAAAGCAAAGCCAUUAGUCAGAUCCUUCAAGAGGAGGAAAUGCAGAAGGCUGCCUUUGAAGCCCUCCAACUCCAGAAGGACAGUGUGCAUGCUUAUAUCCGUAAUCAGAUUAAACUCAUAGAGGCAGAGUUAAUGCAGUUGACAAAGCUGGAGGUUAAGAGGAGGAAUUUGGACACUGAGAACCUGCAGGAGGUGCUAGCUGACCAGAGGACUGCUCUGACUGACCUACUGCAGCAGUUACUCAAACAGAAGGACCAAAGGGAGGAGGAACUCAGGAUGGUUUUGGUGGAGAUGGAGCAGAAAAGUGAAUCCAAUCAGCAGAACUACUGGAUGAUCCAGUAUCAGAGGCUCCUGGAUGCCAAACCUCUGUCUCUGCGGAUGCAGGAGGCAGCCGUAGAUGCAGAUCUGGGGAAUCUGCUGUGUAAACUCUCUGCUCAACACUACCUGCCAAUCAUAGCUCACCACCGAAUCACUGCUGAGGCCUUGCGACACAUGACCACUAAAGACCUUAGAAAGUUGGGCAUUAAUGAGGUUGGCGUGCAGAAAGCUCUUCUCCACUGGGCCAGAGAACGCACUCUGUCUGAUCCAUUGCCUAAAACAGCAAAAGAGAUGCAGGAAGCUGGUCCAUCUACUCCAAGUGCCCCACUUCAACAGCAGCUCACUCCUCCACUGACCCCCAGCACCCCCCUCACCCCCACUGCCCCAAGUCCUGAUAGAUGGAACAGUUCCGAGUGUGUGGUGUGCAUGGAACAUGAGUCACAGGUGAUCUUCCUGCCGUGUGGGCAUGUAUGCUGUUGCCAGACCUGCAGCGAUGCCCUGCAGUCCUGCCCUCUGUGCCGUGGCUCUAUAUCUCAGCGGGUCCGUCUUUACCAUGGCUGAAGCCGGCGAGCGUCCUUCCAUGGUCAGGAUCAUACCUCAUGUGUCGUUGUUGUUCCUUCCUCCCAUUUGCUGCAUGAAAUCAUAGUCUGUGAACCUUCAAGCACUUUAGAAGUUACUUUUUCUUCCACUCCCACUAAAACUAGCCAGUCAAAGAGGAACUUAUACAGCAAGACAUUUGUCCAAUAGGAUAAAGUUUUAUUGUUCAUCAUAACCUAGUAACAUUCCAAUAAAUUAACAGCAAGAAAGUAUUUGAUAAUGGUUCAUUUAACUCAAACCAAAUAGGAAUGGAUAAUAAUAAUAUGACUGUUGAGCUUUAGUAUUGCCCUUGAUGUACUCGCUCUAAGCACUUGUGCCUCUUCUGUAUUUGAUUUCAACUCACACCCCACACAACUAAAAAUAUGCAUGUUCUCUACAGUAUAGCUAAAUCUUCUUGCCCUGCCCUCUGUGUUAUUCUAUCAACAUUGUAGUACAGUAAGACCAAAUCUAUCACCAUUCAGGGAUUUUCACACCAAGGGCAAUAACUGUAAUGUUAAAGUUUUUAGUGAUUCUAAUUUGAUCAGAAUUGGGGCAUCACACCACAGCUAUAAUGUCAACAACACAGAGGAACUAGAUCAUUGGAAUCACUAUCACAAUUUUUUCCAGCUGAUGAAUGAUAAAAAACAUUUACAGGCCAAUCAGAAUCUGCCUGACUUUAAAGAGCUUGAGCAUUUAAAGUGGCAGCUGACAUAACUACUGUACAGUAUGUGUUUAUAAUAAGCAGAUUGUCCGUUGGUGUGGAUGCAAAUACAUUCAUGUUUAAAGUUGUCCUUAUACUUACUGUUCUUGGUGUGAAAGAGCCUAUACCCUGCAGUACCAGAGUAUUUUAAUUCUUCAACCAUUUAAGCUAAAGUAAUUUUUAAUUUUCAUUUUUAAUGUAAGGUUUAAAUUUGAAUUUCAACAUUUAAAUGUUUUGAACUGACUUGGCAACACCGCAGAAUUGUAAAUUAUAGGUUGAAGGUGAAAUCUUUCUGAAGGCACUGUACUUGCUAUAUAACACUGCAUACAUUCAUUCUAACAAAUGCACUGUUAGUCCUUUUUACAUUAUCAACUAUCCAGUUUCAGCAACUUUAAGUAUUGCACACACAAUAGUGUUUCCUAAAUCUGUGUACUUCUGUGAACCUCUCUUCAUCCAAGUGCUCUUAUAUGCAAGUCUGCUUCUCACUGAACAUAUACAGAAUGAAAAAAAGAACUUAAUUUGUCUGUAAAUAAAACAAUAUUCAUUUAAUUUCUUACUUCAAGAAAUAAGCUUUAAGUGUUUAUCAGCAUUAUACAAACUUUUAAUCUGUGUGCUUUGUGUGAUAGUUAUGCUGUAUGGAUCAGACUGGACAAAUAUGUAUUUUAUUUGCUGUGCAUCUGCCAUUGAAGAAAAAAAAUGAAAUAAUCAGAAUGUUUAGUAGAAGUUACUGUAGUAUAAGCUACUCUCUGGUGGCAGGUUAUUAUUAACUUAUGUACACACUGUAAUCUUCCUGCUCUUGUUUUAUUUGAUAAGAACUGAAACAGUUUGUGGUCAUUUUAUUCAACACAAAUGGCACCUUAUCUGUGAUGACAGUGAGAUAGAAUCUCUGUUACAUUCAUUUACAAUAUAUGUGCUGCCAUUACACAUUUUCCGUUGUUGUCUACAUAUUUAUAAUGUACUUUCUUUUUUAUUUAGGUUUUAUAAUUGUACCCAACCAAGCACAUCCAUUGAAAUGCUGCCUAUUCAUUUUGAAGUGUUAUCACACCUGUCAGACCUCUGCAAAAUAAAUCUGCUAGACAAUA